AUGGGCACCGUGCUGGGCACCGGCGCCAGGCGGGCUCCUCUGCCCCGCAGAGCCAGCAGCGCCCUCCCGCCCUGGGCGCCCCCCGGGCCGGCCCGAGCCUGCCACUCCGCGGUCCAGCCCACGCAGCUGGUGCUGCUGAAGAAGCGCGGGUUUGAAGUCAUCAGGACCCCACCCAUCAACAAGGGCUUGGCCUUUACACUUGAAGAAAGGCUACAGCUUGGGAUCCAUGGGCUACUGGCCCCCUGCUUCCAGAGCCAGGACGUCCAGCUCCUCAGGAUCAUGAGAUACUAUGAGAAGCUGCGGACUGAUCUGGACAGGUACAUCAUUCUCACGACCCUCCAAGACCGGAAUGAGAAGCUGUUUUACCGAGUGCUUAGUUCAGAUGUGGAGAGGUUUAUGCCCAUUGUGUACACGCCCACUGUGGGGUUGGCCUGCCAGCACUACGGCGUCAUCCUUCGACGGCCUCGUGGGCUGUUUAUUACCAUUCAUGACAAGGACCACAUUGCAACAAUCCUGAACUCUUGGCCAGAAGAAAAUAUCAAGGCCGUGGUGGUGACUGACGGGGAACGGAUUCUGGGCCUGGGAGACCUGGGCUCCUUCGGCAUGGGCAUCCCCACGGGCAAGCUGACCCUGUACACAGCAUGCGGAGGGGUGAACCCCCAGCACUGCCUCCCGGUCUUGCUGGAUGUCGGCACCAACAACGAGGAGCUGCUCAGAGACCAACUGUACAUAGGCCUAAAACAUCGCCGUGUGCGUGGGCAGGAGUAUGAAGACUUUCUGGAUGCAUUCAUGCAGGCUGUGACAGACAAGUAUGGAAUGAGUUGCCUGGUGCAAUUUGAAGACUUUGCCAACGACAAUGCCUUCCGUCUGCUCCACAAAUACCGCAACAAGUACUGCAUGUUCAAUGACGAUAUCCAAGGCACGGCUUCCGUGGCCGUAGCAGGAAUCCUGGCUGCGCUUCGAAUCACCAAGGGAAAGCUCUCUGACCAAGUGUUUGUGUUCCUGGGUGCAGGAGAAGCUGCCAUAGGUAUCACCCAUCUCCUUGUCAUGGCGCUGCAGAAGGAAGGGGUCCCCAUGCCAGAGGCCAUGGAAAAGAUCUGGUUGAUGGAUGCUGAUGGCUUGAUCGUCAAGGGGAGAAAAAACCUGGACCAAGAGCAGGCGUUAUUUGCCAAAGACCACGAUGAGAUGAAGUCUCUGGAGGAGCUGGUGCAGCUGGUGAAGCCCACGGUCAUUAUAGGUGUUGCUGCUGCCACAGGAGCCUUCACAGACCAAAUUCUGAAGGACAUGGCCUCCUUCAAUGAGCGCCCUAUCAUCUUCGCCCUGAGCAACCCCACCAGCAAGGCCGAGUGCACAGCGGAAAGGUGCUACCGGCUCACUGAGGGUCGAGGGAUCUUUGCAAGUGGAAGUCCUUUCAACCCCGUGACUCUAGAAAAUGGCCAGACAUUCACUCCCGGGCAAGGGAACAAUGCCUACGUGUUUCCUGGGGUGGCGCUGGGAGUCAUUGCUGGCAAGAUCCGGCACAUCCCUGAUGAGAUCUUCCUCCUGACAGCCGAGCAUAUCGCCCAGGAGGUCUCCGAGUUUCAUCUUUCCCAGGGGAGACUGUACCCACCAUUCACCAUCAUCCGAGAUGUCUCGCUAAGAAUCGCUGCCAAAGUCCUUGACUACGCAUACGAGCACAACCUGGCUUCCUACUACCCGGAACCCACAGACAAGGAGGCUUUUCUAAGAUCCCUGGUCUACACUUCCGACUAUGACUCCUUUAGAGGGGACACCUACACUUGGCCCAAGGAAGCCAUGAAUUUUCAGACCAUCUAA